AUGGAUUACCUCGACAUCCUCUCCUCUCGAUCUCUCCUCCUCUUCGCCCGGCCCAACAAAGUUACACGUUCCAAAUCCAUCUCUGACUCCCUCUCAUCCGAUGAUUCACCCGACUCUACCCCUUCCUCUCCCAAUGCCCAACUCCCCGAUCCAACCCCCGCUCUGAUCGCCAUGCCCAUCCAGUCACUCAUCGAGGGCUCAUCAGACAGCGUCUACUUCCUCCUGACUCAUGUUCUCGCCACUGCCUUUCAGCCUGCCCCUCAAGCUGGAUCCCCAGGCGGCGACUCAUUCUUUGGUGGUGGACUUGGGGGCACGCCCAAGGAAGUCGUCGGAGAGGCGGAGCUCCUUGUUUGGAAGGAGAUGGACCGAGCAAAGAUGUUCGGUCGCGAACUGGGACAAUGGUUCAGAGGUCACGGUAACUCCAGGAUCUCCGAGGGGGAGCUCGAGCGUAUGGCUUCGAAGUGGGGUUUGGAGCUCGAACCCCUGGGCGGGGUCACCGACGCCCCGAUGAAAGGAUCCCAGAGGAGCGACAUCGAUCUAGAGAGCUUUGGAUCGACACACAGUAUCCCCUGUGCCGUGGUCAGGGCUUAG